GCUGGCCAGAAGGAACAGGGGCUCAGAGCUCCAGGGACCCUUCCAAAACGCUGUACCGCACCAAAAACCCUUUGGAGCCACCAAGCUGGAGUCGGAAAUGGAGCCCCGUGGGUCCGGGGCCACGGCCGUUGAGCAGCACCUCCUCCAGGCUGAGACCCCAAGGAAGAGUGACCAAGUGGGAAGAACACUGCGCUGGUUCACCACUGUGGCGCUGAAUGCUGCCUUCCUGGGGAUGGGAGUGAGCGCAUCUGUGCUGGGACCCACAUUUCCAGACCUGGCAAGAAACGUGAACCGUAACAUCAGUAGCCUUUCCGAAAUCUUCGUGGGCCGCGCCCUCGGCUACUUGUGUGGCUCUGUGGUUGGUGGGGUGCUUUUCGACUGCAUGAAUCAUUUUCUACUUUUGGGGCUGUCCAACCUGAUCACCAUGGCCGGUCUUUACCUCACUCCUUUCUGUAAAACAGCUGCCUCACUGACUGCCAUGAUGUCUGUUACGGGUGUCUCUUUUGGUGUUCUGGAUACAGGUGGGAACGUCCUCAUCUUGGAUCUUUGGGGGGACAAAGAAGCCCCACACAUGCAGGCCUUGCACUUCAGCUUUGCCUUGGGUGCCUUUCUGGCUCCCCUGCUGGCUAAAUUGGCCUGGGGUACCACAGCAUCUGCUCAGAACCACACAGAGCCCCAAUUUGACCGUUCAGCCUUGAACCAAUCCUUUGAAGCCGCCUCAGACUCUGUGUUCGCGGUACCCGAUGACAUGAAUCUGCUGUGGACAUAUGCUUCUAUUGGCACCUAUGUCUUAGUAGUUUCUGUCUUUCUGUUUGCUCCUUUCUUUAAGAAAAGCUCAAGGCAGAAAAAGUCCUCAGCAUCUGCCCAGGGAGCUCGAAGGGCUAAAUAUCACUGGGCCCUGCUAUGCUUCCUCUUCCUCUUCUUUUUCGUCUAUGUGGGAGCCGAGGUGACCUACAGCUCUUUUGUAUUCUCAUUCGCCACCACCUAUGUUGGCAUGGAAGAGAGCGAGGCAGCUGGCUUGAACUCCAUCUUCUGGGGGACCUUUGCAGCCUGCAGGGGCCUGGCCAUCUUCUUUGCAACGCUCUUACAGCCUGGAACCAUGGUUGUAUUGUGUAACAUUGGCAGCCUGGUCGCGUCUUUCUUUCUGGUGCUUUUUGACAAGAGCCGUCUCUGUCUCUGGAUCGCGACGUCUGUGUAUGGAGCUUCAAUGGCCGCCACGUUUCCCAGCGGCAUCUCCUGGAUUGAGCAGUACACCACCUUAACUGGGAAGUCCGCAGCGUUUAUUCUGAUUGGUGCUGCUCUGGGAGUAAUGGCGACUCCUGCACUAUCUGGAAUUCUUCAAGGACACUAUCCAGAUCUCCCAGUAAUUCUGUACACUUGUCUGGGCUCGGCAGUGUUAACAACUGUUUUAUUCCCUGUGAUGUAUAAAGUAGCCACCUUACCUCUGGAUCAAAAGCAGGAAAGAAGCAUCAACAGUGAGGGCCAGAAAAUUUUACUUUCUAGCUCUAGACUAAUCAAGGAAGCUAAAUGAAAGCAGAAGGUGGAAAGGUGUGUGUGUGUGUGUGUGUGUGUGUGUUACACACAAUGGAUUUUGUAGUAGUUAAAAUGAAGAAUGAGACAUUCUGCAAUAGAAAUAUAAUAGAAUGGCUUUUAUAUAACCCAUAGCCGAGGUCUCCAAGCUACCCUCCUGAGAUGCUCUGCCGCCUAUGUCCUCGCCAGCUGACAGGGAGCAUGCAGUCCUGAGGAAUCAGGUCUCCUGAGACGCCUCACACUGCCUUUAUUGAAGGUAUCUCCAAAUCCAUGAUUCAAGUAAAAAGUAUUUCUAAAAUAAAAUCCAUGACUUCUAUGGUUCCUGUAAGACAGCUCUGAGAAAUUAACGUAAUUGCCAGCCCAUUCUUCAUUCCAAUGAAAUGAGACACAAAACAGAAACAGCUUUAAGAAUAUGCUCCUGGGCUGGACAGAUGGCUCAGUGGUUAAGAGCA